GAAUAAAGUGAUGCAGCUUGUCUCGGUUUUUAUUAUGCUUUUUUGCGGUUCUGUACGUGCUCUAUAUUUCCAUAUAUCUGAGACAGAAAGGAAAUGUUUCAUUGAGGAAGUACCGGAUGAGACAAGGGUAGCUGGUGAUUAUAAGGUGAUGUUAUAUGAUCCGAAGACGAAAGGUGUCGGUGAAUAUCCGGGCAUUGGGGUGCAUGUGGAAGUGAAGGAUCCAGAUGAUAAGAUGAUAUUAUCGAAAUUAUACACCAGCCAAGGUAGAUUUACAUUCACUUCUCAUUCUCCUGGUGAACAUUUUAUUUGUUUAUACUCGAACUCAACUGCUUGGUUUAGUGGUGCACAGUUGCGUGUAUUUUUUGACAUUCUAGUUGGCGAGCAUGCACAAGAUUAUGAACAGGUAGCUGCGAAAGAUAAACUGAAUGAGUUACAACUUCGGAUCAGGCAAUUACUUGAUCAAGUUGAACAAAUUUCUAAGGAACAAAAUUAUCAGCGAUACAGGGAAGAACGCUUCCGGCAGACCAGCGAAAAUACAAAUUCACGUGUGCUGUGGUGGUCAGUUGCUCAGACAAUUGUGUUGUUGGUCACUGGAGCUUGGCAAAUGCGUCAUUUAAAAGGAUUCUUCGAGGCAAAGAAACUUUGCUUGUUGCACGAUGUGAUAACUACAAUCAAGAAAGAAGUAAAAAACUUUUAUAGGAACACAAUGUUCAUGUUGAAAAGGAUGAUUAGUGAUGUAUCGAAGGGUUGGGUAGCAGUGUUUGCUGCUGUUGCUGGGGCAAGUGGAGCAUACUAUUCAUACUUUCACAGUGGUUCAAGUGAUAAUUACAAACUGGACAACAAUCUGAUCGGAAAAACAUAUAUUGUUGUGGGUGCCACUUCUGGUAUUGGUAUGGAAACAACCAGAGAAUUAGCAGCUAGAAAAGCAAAAGUAAUUAUGGCUUGUAGAAAUAGACGUAAAUGUAUUGAAUUGCGUCGGAACUUAGUAAUCAAAACGAAAAAUGUGGAUAUCUAUUGCAGACGUUUAGAUUUGGAAGAUUUUGAUUCUGUUCGAGAUUUCGUUUUUAAACUUGACACGGGUAAAGAUAAAUUAGAAAAAAUUGAUGGUGUGGUGUACAGUGCUGCAGUUAUAGAAUCCACUCGGCAAACGAACAAGCACCAUAUUGAGCGCACUUUUGCUACAAAUUAUUUGGGGCCAUUUUUGCUAACAUCAUUACUGUACGAUCGGCUCAGAAAACAGCCAAGUCCAGUUCGUCUAGUAUUUUUAAAUACUUCAGAUCUUCAAAUAGACGAAUUAAGCUUUAAUGACUUAAAUUCGGUGGAUUUAGCGAAGUGGAAAGAAUCUCCUGAAAAAGCUAAGAGAAAUGCAUACUAUCAGAGUAAACUUGCUUUAACGCUUUUUGUAAAAUCACUAGCAGAUAAAGUCAAAGACACAAAUUUACGAGUUAUAAUGGUGGAUCCAGGUCCAACUAAUACAGAUCUUCUUUAUCGUUUAGAAGGAGCAGAUGGCCGAUUAUUUUUCGUAAGAUGGUGUAAAAAUUUCAAAAGAUUCAUUUAUGGACUUGUUGCUGCUCAGUCGGUUAGUGAUGCCUGUCGUCCAGUAUUAUACGCAGUUGCAGAUGAAAAGAUGGAAGAUAUGAAUGGAGUUUUCAUAAAUUGUCUGAGAACGAAACUCCCAUGGCACAAGCUUGCUUAUGAUGAAAAUGUUGUCACAAAAUUGUGGUUAACGAGUGCCAAAUGGACAGAAGCAGGCGCCCAGUUGAAAUUAUUACAAGAAGAUCUGAAGAAGAUAAAAACACAAGAAAAAGAUGUUCCAUUUGGUUGGUUCUCGUGGAAAUGGUGGUAGAU